AUGAGAAUCCCGGAAAUCGGUGUCCAAUCGUUUGACCCGCUACGCAUCGAAUCGGUCCAGGUAUCCCGGGGUUCCGGCGCUCUAACGCUGAGUGGUGGUUUCAAGAAGCUCAACAUCAAGGGGCCCUCCAAUACAACCGUUAAGCGAGCCCAUUUGGAUUUUAAAACCAACGCCCUGAGUUUCGAUCUGGAGAUUCCGAAGCUGAAAAUCGAUGCAGCCUACAAUCUGAAGGGAAACGUUUUGCUGCUCCCUCUCGUCGGCGACGGUGACGUAACGAUGGUGCUCAAAGACGUCAAAACAACUGUCACCACCAAGAUCGGCGUGCGUCCUUUGCCUGAGGACGCAAUCUUUAUCGAGGAGAUGAAAGUAACUUUUCUGGUUGGUGGAAUGCGCAUUCAUCUGGACAACCUCUUUCAAGGCAACCAAGUUCUGGGGGCGUCGCUGAAUCUGUUCCUGAAUCAAAAUGCCAACGAGGUGAUCUCCGAACUAAGAACAGAUCUCGAGCAUGGCCUGGCGGACAUCUUCAUUGGACUGUGGAAUGAGCUGUUUAACAAACUGCCACUGAAAUUGUGGAUCAAGUGAUUGACACUGUAUUGAAAACCUUUAAAAAAUAAAACUCUCCAAACGGAAGCACUGAAAUGCACCACAAAACGCAUGGGAACGUACAAUCUCUGUAAAUAUUGGAUGUGUCUAGGAUUUUGUGAUUUAUUUUUAUUUUAUUUUUCUUCCUUUGCCAAUACUAAGUAUUUUUAGUUUAAUGAACAACUGUGUACAACUUCGUAGUUUCUUUGUUUUCGGAAGAAAUGUCUAAAGUAAUGAUUAUUCUUAAUGUUAGGAUAGCGAAAUUUAAGCUGUAAAUAAAUAUUGAAAUCGAAA